CCAAUCUUAAUCACACUUCUCUCCUCAGUCCUCAUCAUCAUCAAAUCACCUCUCUCUGGCUCUCUCUUUUCUCUCUAUCAAUCCAAUUUUUUUACUAACGUUUGUUUCAUUCUCUGCAGGAUUAGUGUAGUUUACUAUUUCGACUAGGUUUUCGUUUCGUUUCUAUUUUUAGAUCGUCUCUUCUAGGUUCUAACCCUUAACCAAUCGCUCGUUGUUGUUUCUCUCUUUUGUGAUUUUUGUGAUAAUGGAUACAGGAGGUUCUUCCUACUUGAAGGCAAUGGCUCGAUGCCCAAUUCAGCGAUCCUUUCUCCCUAGAGAUACCUCCAAAGAAAACCUUGACAGAUUCAUUCCGAAUAGAUCAGCCAUGGAUUUUGACUUUGCCUACUGGCAGCUAAUGGAAAGACCACCAAACCUGAACGAUGAUCAGCAGGCAACAAAGAAGGAACAGACCUCAAACUCCAACUCCUCCAGUGGCUACUCAAACUCCAGUGGGAAUUUACCAACAACAGCUGAUAAUGUUUUAGCCAUUGCAUUGCAUCAUACUGUUUAUCUCUGGGAUGCUUCUAAGGGUUCUACUACUGAACUUGUCACUGUUGAUGAAGAUACGGGACCUGUCACAAGCAUCAACUGGGCACNGCGUAAGCCGCCUAGACACAUCCCUAAGACUUUCGAGAGAAUGUUGGAUGUUCAUGACUUGGCCGAUGACUUUUAUCUCAACUUACUUGACUGGGGCACUGAUAACGUUUUAGCCAUUGCAUUGUAUCAUACUGUUUAUCUCUGGGAUGCUUCUAAGGGUUCUACUACUGAGCUUGUCACUGUUGAUGAAGAUACGGGACCUGUCACAAGUAUCAACUGGGCAGCAGAUGGUCGUUAUCUUGCUGUUGGGCUUAACAGCUCUCAAGUCCAGAUUUGGGAUUGUGCUGAUUGUCGUAGACUGAGAACGUUGGAGUGUGGUCACGCGUCUAGAGUAGGAUCGUUGGCAUGGAACGAUCUUAUCUUGACAACGGGAGGAAUGGAUGGGAAGAUCAUCAACAACGACGUACGGGUUAGAUCACACGUUGUGAAUACGUACAGGGGUCACACUUUACAAGUUUGUGGGUUGAAGUGGUCAGGAUCUGGACAGCACUUGGCAAGUGGUGGCAACGACAAUGUGGUUAAUAUAUGGGACCGUUCUAGUAGUACUCAGCGGCUGCACAGGCUUGUAGAGCACACAUCUGCAGUUAAAGCUCUUGCUUGGUGCCCUUUCCAAACGAAUUUGCUUGCAACUGGUGGCGGUGAAGGAGAUGGGAGUAUAAAGUUCUGGAAUACUAGGACAGGAGCUUGCUUGAACACGGUAGAAACUGGCUCUCAAGUUUCUUCUUUGUUAUGGAGCAACAAGGAAAGAGAGUUGCUUAGCUCACAUGGGUUUACUCAGAACCAGCUUACACUUUGGAAGUACCCAUCUAUGGUGAAAAUGGCUGAGCUCAAUGGUCACACAUCACGUGUUCUAUAUACUGCCCAGAGUCCGAAUGGUUGUACUGUAGCUUCUGCAGGAGCAGAUGAGAGACUAAUGUUUUGGAAUGUCUUUGGAGUACCAGAGGUUGCCAAAAAAGUAGUAGUACCUGAGCCAUUUUCUCAUGUGAACCGUAUUCGCUGA